AUGUCUGGCAACAACGACUGGUUUCAGAGUUCCCGGGUCCCUAGCUUCGCUCAGAUGCUGAAGAAGAACUUGCCAGUUCAGCCCUCAGCCCAGACGGUAACUACGCCCACAGGAUAUUCUUCAGAAAGUCACAGCCUGUCGAAUAUGGCUUCCAAGGUUACGCAAGUGACGGGUAAUUAUCCAGAGCCAUUGCUUUCCAAAGGUCUUUCAUCUAUUUCAAAUCCUGUCCUUCCUCCAAAAAAAAUACCUAAAGAGUUCAUAAUGAAAUACAAACGUGGAGAGAUAAAUCCUGUGUCAGCUUUGCACCAGUUUGCACAAAUGCAGCGGGUUCACCUUGACCUUAAGGAAACAGUAACAACAGGUAAUGUUAUGGGACCUUAUUUUGCUUUUUGUGCUGUGGUGGAUGGUAUUCAAUAUAAGACUGGACUGGGACAAAAUAAAAAGGAGUCUAGAUCGAAUGCAGCAAAAUUAGCUCUUGAUGAGCUUCUACAAUUGGAUGAACCUGAACCAAGAAUUUUAGAAACAUCAGGUCCUCCUCCUAUCCCUGCAGAACCUGUUGUUUCACCUGAACCAACAUAUGUCUCAAAAGUACAUUAUGAAGGGAGACAUAUUCAGUAUGCAAAGAUAUCACAAAUUGUUAAAGAAACAUUUAAUAAACUAAUUUCUAAUCAUUCCGAAUAUCUGAAAUGUAGCAAUUCAUUGGCUGCUUUUAUAAUUGAAAGAGCUGGACAGCAUGAAGUUGUAGCUAUAGGCACAGGUGAAUACAAUUACAGCCAGUGCAUUAAGCCAAAUGGAAGAGUGUUGCACGACACUCAUGCUGUCGUUACAGCCAGAAGGUCUCUCCUUAGGUACUUUUAUAGACAACUUCUACUCUUCUACAGCAAAAAUCCUGCUAUGAUGGAAAAAUCAAUAUUUUGUACAGAACCAGCUUCUAAUCUACUGACUCUGAAACAGAAUAUCAACAUUUAUCUCUAUAUGAACCAGUUGCCUAAAGGGUCAGCUCAGAUUAAGUCACAAUUGCGUCUUAAUCCACAUUCUAUAUCUGCAUUUGAAGCCAAUGAAGAACUGAGUCUCCAUGUGGCUGUUGAAGGCAAAAUUUAUCUCACUGUCUACUGUCCUGCAGAUGUUGUUAAUAGAGUAAGCAGUAUGUCCUCAAGUGACAAAUUGACAAGAUGGGAAGUGCUUGGUGUACAGGGAGCAUUGCUGAGUCACUUUAUACAGCCAGUUUACAUCAGCAGUAUACUUGUUGGUGAUGGGAAUUGCAGUGAUACUAGAGGUUUAGAAAUUGCUGUAAAGCAACGUGUUGAUGAUGCACUUACUUCAAAACUUCCAAUGUUUUACUUGGUCAACAGACCUCAUGUUAGUUUAGUACCUUCUGCAUAUCCACUGCAAACAAACUUGGAAUAUAAAUCCUUGAGUCUGAAUUGGGCACAGGGGGACAUUUCUUUGGAGAUUGUGGAUGGCCUGAGUGGAAAGAUCACUGAAAGUUCCCCAUUUAAAAGUGGUGUGUCAAUGGCAAGUCGGCUUUGUAAAGCUGCAAUGUUAAGUCGAUUUAACCUGCUUGCCAAAGAAGCUAAAAAAGAAGAUUUACUUGAGGCUAGUACAUACCAUGCAGCAAAGUGUAUGUCUGGAUCCUAUCAAGAAGCUAAAACUUUGUUGAAAUCCUACUUGCAGCAGCAUGGCUAUGGCUCCUGGAUUGUGAAAUCUCCCUGUAUAGAACAAUUUAGUAUGUGA